AUGGCAUCAACAACCCCUCUCGCAUCGCAACCACGUCUCUUCCCCGAGGCCGUCAAGCACAAUGCCCGUGUUAUAAGUGUCGCCCGUGCUUCAUUAGCUGCUAUAACAGGUUGUGCUGCUGGUAUACUAGGUCUGACUGACCUCUACGGUUUUGCAUUCUAUGGUCUCGCUUCCAUCUUCAUGUCCCUCAUCAUGUAUGUCGUAUUGGCCAAAGGAAACCCAUUAAAGUAUUGGCCAACUUCCUAUGGCUUGUGGACGGAUGAAGUUGGUGCUAAUAUGGUCUCUUAUGUGCUCUUUUGGACCAUGGCGUAUGUGGUGUUGGAAUUCUUCUAA